CGGUGGAUAGAUUUUGUACAGUUUAGCAAUGAUUUCGUCAAGCGUUACGUCGUCGUCGUCGUCGUCGUCGUCGUCGUCGGCUUCCUUUCUCAUCGUUAUUCUAACGUUGAGCUGCAAUGUUAUUUGUAGUAAUUCGAGUAGUUGGUUAAAUUCGUUGGAAAAGAUGGAGAAAAGCAAUCGUUUGCUCACUCGUGACCAUACUUACUUUAAUAUUGACAAUUUUUCUACAACGGAAGAUGAACUGGACACAGAGAGAAUCGUUGGUGGAAAGUAUGCGAGGAAAAAUCAGUUUCCGUUUAUGGCUGCAGUGCAUCGAAUGAUGGGCAAAGGUAUGGUUUCGCAGUGCGGUGGAACCAUCAUUUCUCCGAGAUGGGUAUUGACGGCGGGUCAUUGCGUAGCAUCCAAGCCUCCUUCACAAUUCCUUGUCGUUUUCGGGGUAAUCGAUAAGAGUGGUAUGGGAUAUAAUUACUAUCAUGGACCUGGUUUAUCAAUGAUGACGAAGAAAGUAGUUGUUCACCCUGGUUACAAACCAUCCGUAAACGACAUUGGUUUAUUGUACAUGCCACGUAAUAUACCAUUCUCAGAAAACAUUCAACCUAUUCAACUAGCUGGUCAUAACGACAUCAGAGAAACUUUUGCCAAUAGGAUGGCUAUUGUUAUCGGAUGGGGAAAAGAUAGAUCUACUGGAACAGGAACAAAAAGAUUAAAGUACGCCAGCUUACCGAUCAUUUCGAACUCUGAGUGUAGUUCAUUUUGGGGUAUAACGUACAAACACGUGUGCACGGCAGCAAAUUAUGGACAAGAUGCUUGCCAGGGCGAUAGCGGAGGUCCUCUGAUCGUAUUUGAAAAUGGCGUUCCUCUUCAAGUUGGAAUCGUCAGCUACGGAGACGUAAAUUGUCCUAGCAACAAACCCGGCGUUUUUUCCAGGUGCACCGGUUACAUCGAUUGGAUUUCAUCUGCAACAGGACGUCAUUUUGUUUGCGAUUCUAUAGAAGAAAAUAAUGUAUUUAACAUCUCUUUCAUCAAUCAAGAUUCUGAACCGAAUAUUCAGAAUCUCGAACAACAAUUGUCGACGGAUCCCCACGAUACAGACAAAAUAGCAGGUGGUUAUUACGCCGAAGACGAACAAUUUCCUUUUAUGGCGGUUGUUCAUCGAUUGUUACCUCAUGGAGCAGUCUCUCAGUGUGGAGGUACUGUGAUUUCAAGACGAUGGGUCUUAACGGCAGGACAUUGCGUAGCCAAUUUACCGCAUCGAUUUCUCGUCGUUUUUGGCGUUAUCAAUAAAUCAGGCAUAGGAUACAAUUUUAAUUACGGUCCUGGCGUCUCGAUGAUAACAAGGCACGCCGUCACGCAUCCACGAUAUUAUCAUAAUAUCAACGACAUUGGAUUGUUAUACAUGCCACAAAAUAUACCUUAUACUGAAAAAAUUCAACCGAUACGACUAGCCGGUUACAACGAGGAAGGACAAUCGUUCGCAGACUUGAAUGCCUACGUGAUAGGAUGGGGAAAAGAUCAGCAGAAUAGCGCAGGUACAAAAGCUUUAAAAUACGCUAUAUUGCCUGUACUCAGCAACGAUGAAUGCAGUCGGUAUUGGCAUAUAGAUGACAGGAAUAUAUGUACAGCAAAUGACUUUGGACAAAAUGCCUGCCAGGGUGACAGCGGCGGUCCUCUUAUUAUAAUGAAGAAAAACAACAGACCGCUUCAAGUUGGCAUCGUAAGCUUUGGCGACGGUAUUUGUCCAAGCGAAAGACCGGCUGUUUUCACAAGAGUGUCAACGUUUAUACCAUGGAUUGAACGCGUCACCGGAAUCCGUUAUUGAGUUGCGACAACUCAACUGGUUCAUAUCGGACAUAUCGAUUCGACAUUUUUAUAUCUUUACAUAUGCAUGUAA